AGCGCUGUUAAAAAAAAAGAAAAAAAAGUUGGCUUCAUGUGUGUCGCUCCUUUGCUUUUCGCUUUUUUUCCUGGGAGCAAAGAUCGUUUUCAGACUCUCCGGACGUCAAGGAGUAGAUGGCGCAGAUGUUUAAACGAGACCCGAUGACUUAAACGGUCGUCAUUUUUUCUCUUUGGGACCCUGUUGAGUUUAUAGCCCCUCUCAUCCUCCCUCCCCGACAACACAAACAUGGCCGUCAACUGUGCAGGAGCGGGUCCUGUCUGCUGCCGGACUGAGUUAAUCCGGAUCUGAGGAAGCGUGAAACCGGCGGCGGCCGCGGCUUUCGCUUGUAACAGGUGGAGCGGAAUAGCACGCGUGGAGACGUGAGACGCCUUGUCGAGCUUUAGCUCAGGAUCCGUCAAUAAGUUUGCUUUUCUUUAGCCGACGUCGACGUGACGCUCUGACAACUUUUUUUUUCUUUUUCUUUUUUUUGCCAGUCUGCGUUUCACUACAUGCCGCUCGUGUGCCGCUCGGGAUGAAGCGGCCUGUCUGUCACCCCCGCGAGCUGCCCUGAUGACUGCUCUCCCACACGCGUUUCGCUUGUGUCCUGAAUUCUACUUUUCGGUGAAAUCGCCUUGAUUUUUUUGUUGUUCUCCAUCCGGCAGCCGUCAGUCCCGGGCAGGUGUCUGUUCGGCGACGUGCAGAUAAAAACCAUGUUUUCUGAGAAACGCCUGAAACCGACCUUCAAGUCCUAUCUUCCGCCGUUACAAAAAACCAUUCAGCCGCCCAUCAAAAAGUUGGAAGCCAAGUUACUUCCAGGGGAGAUUGUGGUGAACGAGGUGAACUUUGUGAGGAAAUGCAUCAGCGCUGAGAGCAGUAAGGAUGAUCUCUGGGGGAAGCUGAUAUGUACCAACUUCAAGGUGUCGUUUGUCACCCACGACGCUCCAUCCAAACAGAGGUUCCAGAUCGCCCACCGCCUCCUCGGGGAGCAUGACAUACCCCUGACCUGUUUGGAGCAAGUAGUGACAGUGAACGACUCCAAGGGGAAGAAGAAGGUGCUGGGGUCCAACAAGAAGCUGAAGUUCAACCCGGCCGAGCUGAUCCUGUACUGCAAAGACUUGCGCAUCGUCCGAUUCUGCUUCGACGAAGCCGGGCCUGACAGCGCCAAGAAGGUUUGUCUUGCCAUCGGCCAUUACUCUCACCCUGCGGAUCCCCAGCUGCUGUUUGGCUUCGAGUAUCUCGGUCGGCGAUACCACGCAUCCUCAGGGGACAGAGUCAACGGCAGCAUCCUUGGAGGAGGCUCUCAGACGCCGCUGUUUGACCGGCCGGCCGAGCUGGACCGAGAGAUCAAGAGGACGGGCGCUGCCGAGUGGCGCGUGUGCUCGGUUAACGAGGGAUACGCCAUCUCACCCAGCCUCCCAGAGCACUUUGUGGUCCCCGUGUCCCUGGCAGACCAGGACCUGAAGCAGUUCUCCUGUUUCUUCACUGAGAAGCGCAUCCCUAUCUGGUGCUGGAAUCACAACAAUGGGAGCGCCCUCAUCCGCAUGGCCAGCAUCAGCAACCAGAUGCAUCAGAGAAGAGUCUACCAAAGAAUCUGCGCUGCAAUAACAAAGAGCCACCCGCAGCGUGGCGACGUUCACAGCUUGGACCUGGACAAGAGCCUGCCGAACAUCCAGGACAUCCAGAGUGCCUUCGUGAAAAUCCGGCAGGUCUGCGUCAUAGAUUCUUUCGAGGAGACUGAGGAGAAGUGGCUGUCUUCUGUUGAAAGCUCACAAUGGCUGGAGUAUGUCAGGGCUUUCCUGAAGCAGUCUGCUGAGGUUGUGUACUUGCUGGAUGGAAAGAAUGCUUCCGUCGUCCUACAAGAGGAGGAAGACCGGGACCUGAACUGUGUGGUGUCCUCCCUGGUCCAGCUGAUGUUAGACCCUCACUACCGGAGCCUCGUGGGUUUUCAGAGCCUGGUGCAGAAGGAGUGGGUGAUGGCCGGCCAUCGCUUCCUGGACAGAUGCAACCACCUGAAGAAGAACGACAAAGAGGAGUGUCCAUUGUUCCAGCUCUUCCUGGACUGCGUGUGGCAGAUGAUGCGUCAGUACCCGGUGGCGUUUGAGUUCACCGAAACCUACCUGGUAGUCCUGAGUGACAGCAUGUGGGUCCCUGUCUUCAGUACCUUUCUCUUUAACUGUCCCCAGCAGCAUGCCGAGCACUUACUGGAAUUUGCGAAGAGCAAGAGAAUCGCUGUGGGGGAGGAGGAGGUGCUGCGCUUCCCUCCUGUGUGGGAGUGGUCGCAGCAGUUCUCCCUGAGAGACCAAGCUCUGUUCAACAACCCCAUGUAUGUCGGCAAGGGAGCCACCUGCGUCCAGAACGGAGCGGUGAAGUCCUUCAGACGCACAAAGCAUAAAUCCCAUAGCUCCACACUGCGAGGAAUGCCGGCGGAGCUGCGGAACGGACUUACCCCAACUCAAGGUACGCUGAGCCGGCGGAACUCCCUCAUGGCGCAGCUGAAGCCCGACUUCCUCCAGCUGCGAGAGGAAGUAGAGAGUCCGUCUGAGCGCUUCUUCAGGGACUGGUUCUCCCGACCUGCCGACCAGCAGGGGCUCCUCCUCCCGCUGCUCCUGCCCUCCCACCUGACUGUUUGGAAGCUUUACUUUUUACGCUGGGUCCCUGAAUCGUGCAUCCCUGGAGGAGGCCCCGUCACCGCUUACCACAAGCUCUCCCAGCUGGCCGACGAAAUCGAGACGCUGCAGAGCCGUCUUCGUCAGUACAAGGGGCCCACUCCGGCCGGCACGCCACUCCCCAGCCCCGGCGGGCCUCCUUCGGAGCCAAGCAAGAUGUAUUUUAAAGCCGGUUCCCCACGUGAACCCCCCACGACCCCCGAAUACCUUUGCUCGUCCUUUCCUUUCACUCCAGUUGGAAACCUGUGCCGCCGCAGUUCAUUCGGUACUCCCAUCAGCAAAUUUCUUAACGGGGCCAAGAUCUGGCUUUCUACAGAGACUCUGGCUAGCGAGACUCUAUGAGGCCGUGUGGCGUGAAGGACAUUUCUGUGUCCAAGAGAGGUUUUCGUUGUGCUUAUCACUCCUGUUUUCUGUUUGCAGAUUGGAAAGUGAUUCUUCCCCCAAAUUUGUUUAUUAUUUAUUUUGAAACCAAAAUGGAAGAUUGAGAUUUCUGAUUCUCGGGUUUAUUUUUUACAGAAAGCAAAAUAUUCUGCAUUAGCGUUGAGCCUUUCUGUGUUGUUUUGGGGUUUAAAGUGUUUCAGAGUUCCAGGCAUGGUGUUGGCUAGGGGGCCUUAAAUGACCCCAGCGCUGCUACAAAGGUUGCACCUCUGGCGUGGGACUUGAGUCUUCUUCUUCUCAUUUAUCGUCCUGUAUCUUUUGAACUCGUACAGUAAGACUACUGGUGGUCUGGGUUUACCGUGGUGGUUAAGCUGAGCCUGGGAAAAGUCCUGGCUUUAUCCUGACGGGGAAGGGCUAGUAGCUAUAGCUAGAAGAAGCUAGAGUCUAAACUUAUGUGCGUGUGUGUGUGUGUGUGUGUGCAUGUGUGGCCGUGUCCAGUCCUUUUUAAAGGUACUGACAUGGUAAUGUGCUGACAGGACUACAAACCACACGUCUUUCUGGUAAUGACUUCAUCACCACCUCCUAAUUGGUUCCAAGAACCACUGUACAGGUCUCGGUGUAUACCAAUGUAGUGAAGUAGCGGGGCAGCCGGGAACCGCCGCAGCCGGGACGCGAACCCGGAUCUCCCACAUCACAGGCGACAACAUUAACCAGUCCACUAAAGGGUCCGACCCGUUAGCCAAGGGCUAGCGAGUCUAUUUAUCUGCGCAUGUUACACUACCCUCCCUCCGUCGGGAAGCGCGUCCCUGCGCUUCAGCAUACCAGCUGCCUCACGCCUCUGGGCACACGCACUUCCGAUGGCCUCGCGGUCUCACCAUCCCACUUCUGACACCAGUGUGGUGAAUUCGGGGAACAGCCCGGGAACCCACACCACGGGUGACUACGUUAACCGGUCAACUAAAGGGUUGGAUCCUUUAGUCCUGUCCUGGUACACCGAGGCAUGGAGAGUGGUUCUUGCCCCAAAAAGCUCUCCAGGUUUUUUCUUCCAUCUUCUUUGUUAAAUAUAAAUUCUUCAGAAUUAACAAAAAUGGUCGUACUUUGUGCUUUGCUUUGCUACGCCACCUGUGCAAAAGAGUGUGUGGUGGAAACCCGUCCCCACCAGUAACCAGUGGACAAGUCAGAUAAACGGACUCCGAGCGUGUCCUGUUGGAAACUGUCCUUCAGGCAACUCCUCACAGCCUGCAGAACAGACCAGCGAGGUGCAGUCGCGUCUCCGCUCAGCUGUUAGCGUUAUCCACCCAUCCAUCCGUCAUCCAAACCACCACCAGUGUAGUGGUCACGAGCGACAGGGAACGUGUUAACGUGGCGUACCGGGAUACAUCGGUCUGCACGUCACAAGAUUGAAAGUUCGAUAAAUUCUGAUUUGUUCUUUUCUGUAAACGUUUUCUGUGUUAUAAUCAGAGCGUCACCUCUGUUUGGUCCAAAAAAACGCUUUCCUGGUUGGAUUUUUUGUUGCCUUCUUAAAGGUUUCAACAUUAUUCGUUCUUUUUCUCACUGAUGCUCGGUCCACCAGUCUCUGCUGGUCAUUGGUUGGGACCGUCCACAGUGGGACGCGAGGUUUCCUGUGGCCUGACGGUUUCUUCUAGCUCUUCCUUACCUUCAUUAACCAUCACCGACUCCAAGUAGUACUGUCCACCCACUGACGCUUCACAUUAGAAAAUACUUGUUUUCGGCGUCCGGGUGGCGUGGCGGUCUACUCUGUUGCCUACCAACACGGGGAUCGCCAGUUCAAUUCCCCGUGUUACCCCCGGCUUGGUCGGGGGUCCCUACAGACACAAUUGGCUGUGUCUUUGGGUGGGAAGUCGGAUGUGGGUAUGUGUCCUGGUCGCUGCACUAGCUAGCACCUCCUCUGGUCGGUCAGGGUGCCUGUUUGGGAGGGAGGGGGAAUAUCGUGAUCCUCCCACGCGCUACGUCCCCCUGGUGAAACUCCUCACUGUCAGGUGAAAAGAAGCGGCCAGCGACUCCACGUGUAUGGGAGGAGGCAUGUGGUAGUCUGCAGCCCUCCCCGGAUCGGUAGAGGGGGUGGAGCAGCGACCGAGACGGCUCGGAAGAGCGGGGUAAUUGGCCAGAUACAACUGGUGAGAAAAAAAAAAGGGGGGGGGGGGGCAAAAAAAUAAAGACAAUUCUUGUUUUCCCUGAAACAUCAACGAAGCUUUUAAUUGUUCUUGCGUUAAUUCGAGCUCACCCGUGUCAGGUGGGUUUUGUGAGUCCUCUGGGGGGAGUAACUUGGGGUGGGUAACAGAAAACAGCAUUGAUAAGCAUUAAGCGGCACGACGGAGACGUCCCGCAUGGCAGGUUCGAUCCCGGCGUGGUUGAACGUGGCGGCGGUGUUUCGGUUGUUUUUGCACAAACUAAACUGCUAUUUGCUCAAAGUGCCCCGUCUCUGCAGGGUUUCACCGGGGUUUCGCCGGGGUUUCACCGGGGUUUCCCUCUGCGAGUGGCAAAUAGUCUGAUUUCAGGGUCUUAAGAUUAUUGGUUUUAUCGGUUGAAAUCUAUUUUUUCAUUAGAGAGAAGGGCCUAUAUUUCUAGUAUAACAGAAUGCAGAUGACACUUUGAGGGACAAAAUGGAGCUCUGGAGAGUGGGAUCUGUGGUAGAUGUUGUGGCGUUGGACGCGGGUUCACGAGUCGGGGCCUUCUGGUAAGGCCCCGCAGAGAAUCUACUGUGUAACGGUUAACUACGUCACUGAGUAACUGAAAGGGAAGGGCCCGACAGAGGGACACGGCCAUCACUCAGCCAGUAUACAUUUUAUCAGAAUUGAAGUUGAAGGGCGUCCGGGUGGCGUGGCGGUCCAUUCCGUUGCCUACCAACACGGGGCUCGCCAGUACAAAUCCCCCCCGUGUUACCCCCGGCUUGGUCGGGCGUCCCUACAGACACGAUUGGCGGUGUCUGCGGGUGGGAAGCCGGAUGUGGGUAUGUGUCCCGGUCGCUGCACUAGCGCCACCUCUGGUCGGUUUGGGCGCCUGUUCGGGGGGGGAGGGGGAACUGGGGGGAAUAGCGUGAUCCUCCCAUGCGCUACGUCCCCCUGGUGAAACUCCUCACUGUCAGGUGAAAAGAAGCGGCUGGUGACUCCACAUGUAUGGGAGGAGGCAUGUGGUAGUCUGCAGCCCUCCCCGGAUCGCCAGAGGGGGUGGAGCAGAGACCGGGACGGCUCGGAAGAGUGGGGUAAUUGGCCAAGUACCACAGAAAGAAAAGGGGGCAGUUGAAGUUAAACGAGCACUUUAUGGCGUGUUCAGUUGUCGGGGAAGGCAUUCGGUCAUCCAACAGUUAUUAUUACUGGACCCUCCAGUCACCAUUACCAGAGAAAGGACCACUGGACGGGCUGGUUCCCCGUCUCAUCGCUAACAUAGACUCACUGAUAAAGAGGUGUUGGACUAAUUAAGAUGUUUGAUAUUCAGAGCAGCGGGCGGCUAAUCGCCCAUGACUAGUUUCUGUGUUUGACAGCGUGGAAGAAGACGAGAUCUGUCUCACGCUGCUUCUUUUCCAUAUUUUUUGCAAAUAUAAAUUUUGUGCUUGAAUUAUUUUUGAUUUUUUUUUCCAAUUUACUUAGCGUUUAAAUAAUGGUACUGAAUAACGUUUAACCCUUGCAUCUAGUUUGUAUUUUAUGAAAUACUAUUUAUAUGUCGUCGUUACCACUAACUAAUGAUGUUGGGCCCUGCUGUGAUCGUAUGACGACUGUGUUUUUCAGUUGGCACAGUUCGAUAUUGAGCAACAGCAAAUGUAAAGAUUCACGUAUGCAACUGAGUUUGAAAACAGAAAUAUAUAAACUAAAAUACACGUCUCUGUGCCUUUUUUGUGGAGUUGGGUUUCAAACUGUAUUGUCGACCCGUUCCCCUCUGAGCAUUUCCACGGUUGGAGCUGUAUGUGAAGCUACAGCAGUGAAGCUGACUGACUGUUCUAACAGGAAGGGGAAAUAAAAUGAUAUUGGCUGA